UCGAGAGAGGUGGCCUCCGACGGGCAUGGAGGAGCUGCCCGUCGUCGUGGUCCUGCUCCUCCUCCUCUCCUCACUGCUUGUCCCGCUGGUGCUCCUGGAUAGGAGGCGCCGCGGUCGGCGGACGCCUCCGUUCAGUCUCCUGGUGGUGGCCGGCUCUGGUGGGCACACAACAGAAAUCCUGAGAUUACUCAGCUGUUUGUCAGAGUCAUACUCUCCUAGACAUUAUGUUUUGGCAGACUCAGAUAAGAUGAGUGAAGCUAAAAUUCGUUCUUUUGAACAAAAAAGGGCUGAAACGUUCUCCGAGUCCCAGUUCAGCCUGGAUCGCAUUCCCAGGAGCCGGGAGGUCAGACAGUCCUGGGUCUCCUCUGUGCUAACAACACUGUACUCCAUACUUUACUCUCUCCCUCUGACCUACAAACGGAAACCAGAUUUGAUAUUGUGCAAUGGACCAGGAACAUGUGUUCCUGUCUGUUUAUCUGCUUUUCUUCUUGGCCUUCUACGAAUAAAGAGAACAAUUAUUGUGUAUGUAGAGAGCAUCUGCCGUGUGGAAACUUUAUCCUUGUCUGGAAAGAUUCUUUACUACUUUUCAGAUUAUUUCAUUGUUCAGUGGCCUGAUCUAAAGAAAAAAUAUCCCAAGUCAGUGUAUCUUGGUCGAAUAGUGUAACAACAGAAGACAAGAUAAACUUUACCUGCUCCUCACUUGCAUUCCUGUAGUAAUUUAUUUUCCAGAAUUCCUGUUACUAAAUUAGGCUGGUACUUAAAAUGAGACAAUAAAGAUUUCUCUACAUUUAAGUAAAAUUUGUGUGCAUUUGUGUUUAUUGCUAUCAUUUAGAUCUGUUUGCCAAUAACUUAUAGUGGCUCUAAGUCUAUCCUGUCUCUGUUUUCAUCUAGUUUUUCUGCUAUGUGAAUGGUAAUUCUUGUCUACAAAUAAAUAUGGGAAUUUGUAUGAAUGUAACAUUUCCUGUAAGGAAACUUUGUGUCAUUUUUAAAAUUGCAGGCAACA